AUGGAUGUUGAUGAAGAAGAGGCACUUGAGUCAACUUGUGGAGCUGACUGGUUUAAUCACCUGCCAGCCAAUGCCGGACCUGAUCAUCAUGACAUCUCUUCGCAAGCCGUUUGGACGUUGAGCUCUUGUAAAGCAGGCUUUGGUAUUCACGAACUUUUGUCGGAUAGCCACGAGUCAUAUUGGCAAUCAGAUGGUCCUCAACCACAUUCGGUUACCAUCGAAUUUCCACGAAAGACGGAUAUUUCCUUUUUGUUUCUGUACUUAGAUUUUAAGACCGAUGAAAGUUACACGCCCAACAAGGUGACCGUUCACUUGGGAUCGUGCAUCAUGCAUUUGGAUGAUGGACUUUCGGUGAACUUUGACGAGCCUCAAGGAUGGCAGGUGAUCGAUCUACGAAGCCGUGGAAAAGGCAAAGCCGCACGAGCUUGGGUGGUGCAGCUACAAGUGCUCACAAAUCAUCAGAAUGGCCGCGAUACACAUAUUCGACACAUGCGAGUGGUUGGACCGAAAAGCCGUUAUGCUCACCAAGUCGAGGAUUCUUUUAUGGCACAGCUCAGGUUGAGUGGACCAACGAGUUCCGGUCGCAACACGAAAAACGAGCGGAAACAAAACGAAACACCCGCGUUCUUGAUUUUGAUGAGCAUUGAUGAAAUUUCGGAGUCCGUGCCAGAUCUUCUGGAAUCGCUCACCAGUGGACAAAAGAAACUCGUCGAUUUCAUCGAGGAAUUGAGACCUUUUGUCACUUCGAAAGAUGAUUUGAAAAGAGAGGCCGGCAUUAAUGUUUAUGCAUCUGUCAUUAAGAAACUUCCUUCUGACUUUCUUCUAUCAUCAGAAGUGGAUCUCCUAUUAAAAUUUUUUGUUGUGCAGCUAGAAUGCUCGCCAAUUAACGGGGGAACUGUUGUUGAGACAAUUCGACACUUGUCCUGUAAUACGGAGAACUUCUCAAAAGAGGCGGCUUUUCUAUUAAUGCAAGAUGUUUUUCUUCAAGGAAACAUUCAGUCAUGGCCUCAACGAACACGAGCAGAUUUCUAUGCUAUUUUCGAGAUGAUAGUCACAAAAUUCGAGAAAGAGCUGAAAAUGUUGGGCUCAGAUGUGACCUCGGCAUUUAUCAACAUGAUGGGUGGUGAAAGAGAUCCUCGUUGUUUGGUUCAAGCCUUUCGUCUUCAUCUCCGCAUUUCUAGUAGAUUCCCUCUGGGUGAUUUGGCUGAAGACCUUUUUGAAGUAAUCGCUUGCUAUUAUCCGAUUGAAUUCAAACCAUUGCCAGGACAAGAAGAUGUGACAUCAGACAUGUUAACUAUUAUGGUGGAAAACUCCUUUUUGGCUCACUCGGCGUUUGGCCCAUAUUUAUAUGUGAUGAUAGAGGAAAAGCUUCGUGAUGAAGAAACGACACAAGAGCAAAAAUUCAACGUUUGUUCACUUUUGGCCAAAGCGUGCAAGACUUUCCCGCCGACUUUACUGCUCCCUCAUAUUGAACACAUUUUUGGUGCGAUUCGAAUGGUGGCGUUAAAUCCGAAGUAUAAGGGAACCUUGAAACUUGACGGGAAUUUGACUGAAGCCCUAGUUUCUGUUUUUAUGGCUCUACAAGCAACCGAACGAGACGAUUUAAAAGCAACGAUCAAGGAAUUCAUGCAAAAUUGUGAGCCAUUCGUUGUGCAGGUGGAAAUGGGACUCCAAUCGAAGGCCUUGGCUUUGUUAGAGGCUUUAACCGAUGAAAGACUAAAUCAACACUCGUCCGACGAACGAGUUGGAAAAAUGGUUUUGGAAUACAUCAUUAGUUGGCUUGUGCUUGUUGUGCGAGGACAAACAAUUAACGUGGCCGAGAAUAAAGCUGAAUGUAUCAAGGAAGCAUUGGAAAGACUAUCUUAUUUUGUGGCAUUUGCGGCUAACAAUGGAUAUGAGGCGCUUUUAUACGACUUGUUUCUCCCGAUUUUGGAUGCUGUUCAAUGUUCGCGGGAAUGGGUACCAAUUGAGGCAAAAAUAUGCAACUACAAGUGUUUGCAGGAAUAUGCUCGUUUUAUCAAUCAGAAUCCUUCAAUAUUUUCCGUGUUUUCGGACGAACUGAAGGCUGGAAUAAAAUUGGUUGACACGGAGCAAGAAAGAAAAGAAUAUCUGUCAUUUGUUACAUGCUUUGCAAAGAAUGUGAGGGAAUGGAAUGCGGUUUGGACAAUCAUUCAAAGUUGUUCCGAUUUAAACAUUUCAAAGUAUUUUGCCACGAUUUGCGCGGCAACAAUUGAUGAGGAUAGCUACAAGACGAUAAGAAAGAUCAUACAAGAUUCCCUAAACACAGAUGAUUUCUCUGCCCAAAUUCAAGAAAUAUUGAAAAUGGUCACGCGAUUAAAUGAGGGGAUUAUUGUUUCAAUUAUCGAACAAUUAAUCGAAUUUGCUACAAAAGAGACCCACUGGGAAACGCUACCGGAUUUGGUCGAACUUUUUGCCACAUCGUUGCAAGAGAUUGGAACAUAUUUAGACGAGUCGCACGCAGCCAUAACUAUGAAAGUAUCUGAAAUGUCGGCGAUGAAGCCAAUUUAUCAAAAGAUUUUCUACUUAUUUGUGGCUCAAACACAGGAAGUGAAUCACUUGCGUAAAUUGAUGAUGAACGAACAAUUUGAAUUGGAUGCACGUCUUUUGUUUUUCUAUUCUCUAAUCAACAGAACUCAAGCCACGUCAACAGAGAUUCCUGUCAAUUUAUCGCCAAAAGAACAUGAAUUGUUUCAAACAUAUUUCGUGAAAGCUGCAUUAUUGAACGGACCGUGGAAUCAACGAGGAUCACCUGAAUGUAAAGAGCUACUUUCUCGAAUCGCUUCUGGGAGCAUAUCUUCUGAUGGAACCGAGUUACUACGAAUAAUCUUUGACUUCACUUCAUCAAAGUUCGACCCAAUUCGUGGGAAAUACAAGAGAAGCAUUUUGUACCAACAGAGGAUAUUUUUCUUGUUUCUCCAAACAUUUGAUUCAACUAUUGAAGAUCUAAACGAAGAGUCAAAGAUGAAACUCAUCUCAACGAUUUCACCGUUUCUUCAUUAUGCGCAAAACGUCCCCGACGCUGGGCAAGCUUUGGAAAAGUUGCAACCGCUUCUGAUCAAUGCUUUGGCUUCUCCAUUAUUGGCCACGCUAAAAGAUGACAGGGCGCAAUUCUUCGCAGCGUUGACUUUUUUACUCGCCAUCACAAAACUUGCUGAUAAAAGUCGAGCUGAGAUUGAAGUUCUUUUGGCUUUAUUUGGAAGGGAACUCGAACAAGAAGCAAAUAUGGCGACAAUUGUGAACAGCUUAAAUGGACUCGAAAUCCUUGCGAGUGAAGCAAACCCUGUCUACCUUCAAGCACAUAUUAACAAGGUAGUUACUGUUGUUAUUCGAUUCACAGCGCACAAGAAAAGGAUAGUCAGACAGAAAGCGGCUAAGGUUAUCAAUUUAUGGGAACUGUUGUUGAUGAAA